AUGGACCUCUCAAGGCAAGAGUAUCCAACGCUGCUGGCUAGCCUGCAUCCCAGCCAAGCUACAACCGUCCUGAGCGAUCGCAUCCGACUCAUAAACAAGGUCAACACGGAUAUCGCGGAUUAUCUACAGGAGCGACGUCGAGUUGAAGAAGCAUACGCCCAAGGGUUGCGGAAGCUGGCGCAUCGGCCACAGUUGGACAAUGGAGCUGCUCUUGGCAUUUUCCAAAUCCCCUGGCAACGCAUCAUCAGUGCCACCGAAACCCUCGCCGUAUCGCACGAGACCCUUGCGAACAAGAUCGAGGAAGAUGUCGAACGACCACUAAGAGAAUUUAGCACCAAGAAUCAGGAGAUGAAGUCGUUGCCCGGUAUCCAAAGUAGUCUGGCGGGGUUGGCGAAGAAUGUGGAGACUGCGCAGAAGAAGGUAGACAAGGCCAGGGCGAGGGGUGCCAGAGGUGCAGACAAACUUUCCAGCGAGAUUGCCAAUGCCGAGGAAGUCCACCAGCAAUGGGAUUCGCGGGCUCCCUUUGUUUACGAGCAACUCCAGGCAGCCGAUGAGACCCGGCUGAAUCACCUUCGGGAUGUGCUAACACAAUUGGAGACUCACGAGGUGGAUCAAGUCGAGCGUGGUCGCCAGGCCGCUGAAAGCUGCUUGAACAUCCUUCUGAACGUGGAAACAGCAGAUGAAAUUAAGACCUUUGCUGCGAGAAUGGCGGGCCCACGAGUCCCUACGCAGGCCAUCCCUAGAAGACAGACUGAACCGGCAGAGACAACUUUCCCAAUCGAACCAGUAUCCGAGCGGACACAGACAGCGCCAAUCGAUCGUGAAUUCUCCACGCCAACAACAGAGGCUCCGCUUCCGUCCCUUCCACGCACCCAUGAUGAUGCGGAAAGCCAACUAUCAGAGGCAUCCGAGAGAACCACCGUCGCUCCGACACCUCCAGUACCAGAAGCACAGCAACGGCAUACUCCUCUGGGGGGAUUGAGACGUCUUGGCACUGUCAUGAACAGGAGAAAGAGCGUUGUCUUGCCUUCAACUGGAUCUCAUGACCGAAAGGCAGACAAGAAACGUAGUCCCUUUGCUGCAUUCAUGAGAGCCGACUCCUCUCGCGAUAUGCAAAUACCUGAAUCUCCUCCCGCGACCGGUGACCGUCCGGGAACAUCCUUUACCGAUCAAUCAUCCUUGCGGAAUCCUAGUAUGUCGCAAGACCGUGCCGGAUUAGAUGCUGGGGCAACUAUGUCUGAACACUCGGAGACCAGAAAUGGAGAAACCAAUAACCAUAUCAAUCAGCCACAGGUUGAUGCCGAAGGGUUCACUCAACGCCCUGCAACAAUUGACGAGAUCACUCGUGCCCAGAAUGAGGCAGCGGGCAUAGAUGAGUCUGGUCUAAACUUGACAAUUCGAGAUCAGCCCAUCUUCGAGGAUGAGAAUCAAGCGAAGCGAGCCAUGGAUGAUAUGGCAAAUACCCUCCGAAUGCGGGCUCCGCAGACAGGAGCGAGACGAAACGCAGGCACUAUUCGGGGACGCCGUGACGUGCGCAAUACAAUGUUUAUUGCUUCGCCUAGCAAUGAGCCUCCGCCGUCUUCGGCAGGAUCGGAGUCACAGCCACCAACCUCGCCAAUCAGGCAUAUCACCUCCCCCAGCAUUGCCCCCAGUACGGAUGAUCACGCUAUGUCAGAUACUACAUCUGUUCGCUCCGGACAUGGCCCGGGAGCUUCUAUCCAUCCUGAUCUAUAUGAAUCCGGCCUGAAUGCUUCAAUCAUUGAGACCAUCAAUGCAUGGUUCUCAGAGGGUAAUGUCACCAAGUCCUUUGUCGUUGGUGAGCUUGCUCUGGCAAACAACUCCCCGCCUGGUACUGUGGUAGACAAUGCGCGCAUCCGACUCGAUAACUUCCAAGUGCUGGAAAAGGUAGCGGCCAAUCCCCACUUUGUCCAGGAGGCCAAAGACACAGGCGAUGACAGCAGAGGCGAAUACGAUAUCCAGCUAGGCAACAUCUCCCGCCCCAUGCCGACAGUCGCAUUCAAAUAUCAACUGCAUAUCGACCCAAGCAACCCCUCCGCCUACUGCCCUGUGAUAUUUAAUCCAGUGUGGAACUUAGAAGAAAAACAAGCCAGCGCCAUCAUCUACUAUACGCUCAACCCAUCCUUCAUAUCCCACACAACGGAGUCAAUUACCCUUAAGAACCUAGUCUUGACCAUCAAUCUGGACACCGCGACCGAGGACAAAACUACCAAGCAGCCGCGGGAGUCCGUCGCCCACGCCAUCAGCGCCGCCAUGUAUCCCAAUACCGGCGCCACCUUCCGUCGCAAAACCUCUACCGUCACAUGGAGAAUCCCCGAGCUGGAAGUCAAGGCUCCCACCACCCCAGGCGCAGACAGCAAGUUCCUCGUCCGCUUCAUGACGUCCACCCCCGGACCCCGCAAGGGUACAGUCGAAGCAAGGUUCGAGCUCCGCGGCGCUGAAUCUGCUUCUCAGCUUGGUAUCAGCCGUUCUGCCUCAGAAACAGAACAAAAGGAAGCCGACCCCUUCGCUGACGAUGGCCGUGAUUCCCCGCUGUCCGCGACUUCCUGGCUGAGCGUCCCGACUUCACGCAAGCUGAUCGGUGGAAAGUAUGUGUCUUCCUAG